AUGUCCUGCGAAUGCACAUUCGGCUGCAGCAUCAAAGGCUGCAAAGGAACAUGUACUUUCACUCGCGAUGAGAAUACCGAGAAUGCACGUCGAAAGGACCCGGUACCAGAGCAACCAACGAGUGUCGGUGUUCCAAACAACAGGAGGCGGACCUCGUCCUCAAACACAACUAGAGUUGACGGAAGCUACAACAUACAAAACCACACGGUCUCGGGCUCAGUUCAGAAAACGACAGAGGACAGAGUGUCUGAAGCCGGUGAUCAGCCUCAGCCUCGGGAAGAGCGUAGACGGAGUCACACGAGUGGUGAUCGUCGUCACAGACACUCGAACUCCCGUAGAUAG